AUGGCCAGGGCUGGAGGCUACGUGUGGCUGGUAAACACAACACUCCUCACCACGGUCCCAAGGAUGCACAAGCCUCAGUAUGUUGUCCCCUGCCUCAACUAUGUUGUCAGUGGUGUCGAGUCUGCUGGCGAGAUUCUGUCGGAGUUGCAGCUGAUGUGCAAUAGAAACAGCAGCAGCAACGACAACAGUAACAGCAGUAGCAACAAGAGCAGCAGCAGCAGCAGCAGUAGUGGUAACAGCAGCAGCAGCAGCAGUAGCAGUAGUGGCAGCUGCAGCAACAAUAAUAAUAACAAGGUUACCAACAAAUCAGUGACAGCCACAGUUGCAGGUCCUUCAGUGGCAAGAAACAUUGCUACACCAACCGUGCCACUACCUAAGUUGAGCACACAGCCGAAGGUUGAAGAGGUGACAAGUAGUGCAAGUGUGAGAGCCGCCCCAGCACCUACACAGCAUCCACCUGUUGCAGCCACAUUCAAAAUCUUUGCUCCUCGUACAGAGGAUAUGAACAAAGGCUAUCUCAUGUUCUCUGAUGAUGAUCCACAGUGCACAGUGCUGAAAGAGGAGCCUGACGACCUAACCCAUCUGGCACCCUCAGUUGGUGACACAUAUGUACCUCUCUUAGAAGUACCUAACUUAAUCUCGAGUCAUGAUGACACCGGCAUGCUCCACGAGGUGUCUACACUGAUCCCUGAACUAGACGAUAUGUUCACCUUUGACUAUCAGAUGCCUAUUUCUAGUUCUGAUGUAUUGAUUUCAACUGAAGCUUCUGAUAAUAGUGAAGAUCAAGAAGAAAGUCAAAAAUACAUAUAUGAUGAAAAUAAGCUCAUUAGUGGUGUAAAGUGUAUGAACAGUUUAAGUGGAGGGAAAAUAUUGAUAGACAAAAGUGGGUGCAGUACUCCUUCAUCAGUGUGUGGAAUAAGUUCUCCAGAGCCGCCAAAACCUCUACUAAGUCAGGCCGCAUUAUUCCCACCCCAAGAAAGGAAGCAGAGUACGAUUAUAUCUGGAGGCAGCCAGCCUAGAACAGCAACAGAAGCCCUCUUCACACACCUGGAUGAGAUCCGUUCAUCAGACUCAUUUGGAAAAUUGGAUCUCAAACUUGAAGAACAGAACAUGGACUCGGAUGAGUUUGAGAUGAGAGCUCCAUACAUUCCUUUCACUAACGAGAUGUUGAUGCUCAGCCCCGAUGAUCUCUUGUGGGGAGCAGAGUCUGAGCCUCUUAUAUCACCAAAACACACUGCAUCAUCAUGUCGGGAUGCAAAGUGUUGUCAGGGUAUAAUUGAUAAAAACGACUCCAACUUAGCUCAGCUGCUGCGCGACACAGACCCUGCAAUUGGGUUGACUAGCAAACUGCAUCUAGGAAACUCCACCAGUAGUCAAAGGAGUCAAUAUCAGCAGAACAAAUUUGAUGGUGGAGGAGAUUUUGUAGAUCCAAACAAAGUUCUUCCAGGACACACUGCAUGUAAAGGUAGGUUUAUAUACAUAUAUAUGAUAGAGCCAAGCAGAUUACAAAUGCUCUAGGAUUUUUUAUAAUAU